UGGACUGCUGAGCUUCAACAUUUUAAGUGUGACACAAUUAGAAAAACAGGAGUUUAACUAAAGCUGAUUUUUUUUCUUUUAAAUCUAACAAUUUUGGUUGCUCACUGAAAAUGAAGUGGACUGUAAUUCUUAUCCUUGGUUGCUUCUUAACUGAAACUACCUUGAGUUGGACAUAUCAUUUCUCAGAGGAAGCACUGAACUGGACCAAAGCCAGAGAGUUGUGCCAGACCAAUUUUACAGACAUGGUGGUGAUUCAAAACCAGCUAGAGAAUGACUAUAUAGUCUCCCUGCUGCCAAAUAAAACUGGAAGCCCAUAUUACUGGAUUGGAAUCACCAAAAAACAACUGAAUGAGCCUUGGACAUGGGUUGGGAAUAACAGCACAUGGGUUGGUGAACAUUCAUGGGCCCUAAAUGAGCCGAACAACAAUCACGUGACAGAGUUUUGUGUAGAGAUCUACGUCAACACAGGACCAAACCGAGGGAAGUGGAAUGAUGAGAAAUGCUCCAAUAAAAAACAGGCAGUUUGUUUUAAAGCCCAAUGCAAUUCAACAUCAUGUGAAAGAGGAAGAUGCCAGGAGACCAUAGGCAACACAACCUGCCUCUGUGAACCUGGUUUUGAAGGCAAUAGGUGCCAAACAGCUGUGAAAUGCCCUCCUCUAUCUCAGUCUGAUAACGGAUUUGUGAGCUGUUCAAGUGGAAGUCGGAUAUUCAACACAACAUGUCAGUUCAAGUGCCAUGGUUUCCUCAUUGUUGGUUCAUCAGAACUGAUCUGCACCCAUGGGGCUAACUGGGAAUGGAGUGGCCCGAGACCUGUUUGUGCAAGCUAUGAACUGAUUCUGCUGGUUGUAGUAGGAUCUGGAGUUUUAUCCUCCUGUUACUGCAUCUGUUUCUGCUGCAUAAGUCACAGAAAAAAACAGAAACUUAUCAGAGAAAAGCAACCAGAGGAUGCAACAAGUCCAUCAGGGGGUAUAAACAAAUGAGUGACACCUCAAUACUCACUAAUCUUAAAAAAAAUAUAUCCAUAAAACUCAAACUGUAUCCACAUAUUAAUACUCAUAAGAACUUCAUUUGUGCAUUUUAACACUCACUGUCAAUGUUUGAGCAUCUAUCACUCAGCUCUAAGUAUGCUGAGGGAUAGCGAUUAUAUUUUAAAUAUUGCUUAGAUACAAAUUAUGUUUCUGUGAUUAUUUUUUCUUUUCUGCCAGAAAAAUAUCCAUGUAAACGCAAACACUGC